GCCGAAAAAUCUGUCCACACACCGCUGUUUACAUUGCCGAAAAAACAAUCUGACCACAUCCUGAGGUGCGCAGUGGUUCGGAAUGCACAGUGUCGGUUGACUGUCAUCUUACACUGAAGCUUAAAUAUUUAUUUUCUUCGACGGCGCAGCGGCUUUAUUAUCAAAACCCCGACACAAUACGAAAACCGACGCGGAAUGGCGUCUGCCAGGGGCCCGGGAGGCUGAAUGACAGCAAUAUUAGACCCGAUGGACAAACACAUUGACCAAUAGGAGUGCGACUUAUGACUUGUUAACCAACCGGAUCCCCCCCUCUGGUGAGUAGGCGGGGCCACAACGCGCAGGAUUGUGCUGCCAUACAUGUUCCCGGUGUGUGGACAUCGCGAUCGUUUCCUGCACUGUUGCAUGGUGGUCGAACAGGAGGAAUUGUUGGAAAUUUUUCGGAGCAGCUAAAGCAUGCUCUUGGCCCAAAUAAACCGGGACUCCCAGGGAAUGGCAGAGUUUCAUGAUGCAGAUGGGCAGCCAGUUACUCUCUGUCUGACGGAGGCUGUCACAGUGGCAGAUGGCGAUCAGAUGGAAAGCAUGGACACAGUGAGCCUGCAGGCUGUUACCCUGGCCGAUGGAUCCACCGCAUAUAUCCAGCACGACUCCAAAGCUUCGUUUUCAGAUGGACAGAUUAUGGACGGCCAGGUGAUCCAGCUGGAGGAUGGCUCUGCUGCCUAUGUUCAGCAUGUGUCCAUGCCUAAAACAGGAGGGGACAGUUUACAGCUUGAAGAUGGACAGGCAGUUCAGUUAGAAGAUGGAACAACUGCCUAUAUUCACACACCCAAAGAUGCGUAUGACCAGAGCAGCCUGCAGGAGGUGCAACUGGAAGAUGGAAGCACCGCCUACAUUCAGCACACUGUACACAUGCCUCAGUCCAACACCAUCCUGGCCAUACAGGCUGAUGGCACCAUCGCAGACCUGCAGGCUGAGGCCACGGCCAUCGACCCAGAGACCAUCAGUGUGCUGGAACAGUACACAACCAAGGUAGAGAAUAUAGAAAACCCCUUGGGGUCCUUUGGUAGAGUGGAAACAGAUAAUGGUGUCCACAUGCAGAUUGUAUUACAGGGUCAAGACAACAGGCCAGGAAGGGUCUCAAAUGUUGGAGAGAAGUCUUUCCGCUGUGAAUAUGAAGGCUGUGGAAAGCUCUACACCACAGCCCACCACCUCAAGGUACAUGAGCGCUCUCACACUGGAGACAAACCAUAUGUCUGUGACUAUCUUGGCUGUGGGAAGAAGUUCGCAACAGGGUAUGGUCUGAAGAGUCACUCACGCACACACACGGGGGAAAAGCCAUACAGAUGUCAGGAGCUGAACUGUCGCAAGUCUUUCAAAACCUCUGGAGACCUUCAAAAGCACACAAGGACUCAUACAGGAGAAAAGCCUUUCAAGUGUCCAGUGGAAGGCUGCGGCAGGUCAUUUACCACCUCAAACAUUCGUAAAGUUCAUAUCCGCACACACACCGGCGAGCGGCCGUACUACUGCUCUGAGCCGAGCUGCGGACGGUCAUUCGCCAGUGCCACAAACUACAAGAACCAUAUGAGGAUUCACACUGGAGAAAAGCCGUAUGUGUGCACAGUGCCUGGGUGUGAAAAGCGCUUCACAGAAUACUCCAGCCUUUACAAACACCAUGUUGUUCAUACGCCAUGCAAACCUUACAACUGCAACCAUUGUGGAAAAACCUACAAGCAGAUCUCCACACUCGCCAUGCACAAACGCACAGCACACAAUGACACAGAGCCCAUUGAGGAGGAGCAGGAGGCCUACUUUGAACCCCCGAUAGAUGCCAUUGAUGACCCUAAUGUGGGCUACACAACGGUGGUUGAGGCAGAUGACUCCAGCUCAGAGCAGGCUCCAGUGGAGAGCUCGGACAUGGUUGGUCAGCAGCAUGUUGCCUUGGUAACGCAGGAGGAUGGAACACAACAGCAGGUCAGUAUAUCUGAAGCUCACUUACAAGCUAUGGGAGGCACAAUCACCAUGGUAACCCAAGAAGGCACAACCAUAACCAUCCCAGCGCAUGAACUGGCUACGCAAGGUGCACACUCGGUUACCAUGGUAACAACAGACGGCUCAGACGAACAGGUGGCCAUCAUGACACCCGACAUGGCCUCAUUCCAAACUGUGGAGGAAGCAGGCUAUAGUCAAGAGCAGGAUGAUAUUCAUCCCGUCACAUUACUGGCCACCUCCAACGGCACUCACAUUGCUGUGCAGAUCAGUGAUCAGCCUUCGCUGGAAGAAGCCAUCAGAAUAGCAUCAAGAAUACAGCAAGGGGAGUCACCAGGCUUGGAUGAUUGAUGGACUCAUUAUGGACAAUGAUUUAGGACUAAGACAAUAUUGACAGGAGAUAUCAUGAGUCUUCCUCCAUGUUUUUUUUCCACAAACAAAGUUAGCUUUUAUGUGUACAUAGGAUUUUGAUAACUGGAGUUCUGCCAUGCUAUUUUGUCCCUCAACCAAAAAAUACGGGAGAGGUGAAAAACGCUUUCUAAUGUUUAUGGUGCACAGUGCAGUGUACAGCUAAUGCUAUUUCUAAUUAAAGAAAAAAAGUGUGAUUGAA